AUGAAUGAUGGAACUGAAGUGUCUGCUGCAAUGAUGUAUCUGAUGACCUCCCUCCAUUUGCUGUUAAGUUUAUCAUGCAUUCCAUUUCUCGCCAUGAAUUCUCCCAGUCUCGUUCAUGUUGCCGAUGCUGACAAAGGCGUUAGUUGCGAUGCUGAAUUUGGUACUUCUUCACUAACAAGUUCUUUUUCCAGCGAGGACUGGAAGCAGAAAUUAAGCAUGCUUUUAAAUGAUCAGAGUACGCAAGAGUUGAUCUCAAGGGUGAAAAAGGAUAGGCAGAAUUUUCAGCAUAUAGAGGCUUUGGCGAGCAAAAUGGGGUUGUAUAGCCAUAUGUAUGCAAAAGUUGUUGUUGUCAGCAAAGUCCCUCUUCCAAACUACAGAUUUGAUCUGGACGAUAAACGUCCCCUUAGGCAGGUGAACCUACCUACUACUGUGUUAAGGCAAGUUGAUGGAUAUCUUCAAGAAUACCUAACCCAAAAGUCAAGAAGGAGGGAAAGAUUUUCAGAUUUGUGGUCUGCAAGAUCACAAGAUAGCGGUGGUAUUGGUAGAGAUGAAGAGAUUUUUGAGCCACAUCAGUCACCAACAUCCGGUACGGCUGUAGUGGAGAAAAUUCUGUGUCAGAGAAGUUCACAAAUGCGUGAUCAACAACGAGUUUGGCAGGUCAUCUUCACUGAAAUUCAAAAUCAUUUCUAG